GAACCGUAUUUGCAUUCGUGAAUCGAAAAAUGGGUCAAUAUAUAAUGUACAUAUUUGCGUUGCAUUGCAAACAAACGCAGCUUACGAACAGAGCGGGGAGAGACAAAGACGAACCGUAGUCUGUAGCGGUGUAGCCUAGCAUCUGCGAUCGUGUUCGAGUGUUUCUAGGGUUCCAUCAUUUUUGUUAUAUUAUCUGGGAGUUGAACAAUGGCGCCUGAUGCUUCUGCAGCUCUCGCAGAGAGGCAGAAGGUUCAGCAGUUCCUUAAUGCUGCCCGCACUGGCAACCUCGACCUCUUCAAGAAACUGGCGGCGCAGCUUGACAAAGGGCAUGGAUUAGCGAAAACUGUAGCAAGUGUCAAGGACGCGAAUAAACGAGGAGCUAUUCACUUUGCUGCGAGAGAGGGGAAGACUGAGAUCUGCAAGUACUUGUUGGAAGAAUUGAAGCUCGAUGUUGAUACAAAAGAUGAAGAUGGUGAGACUCCUCUUCUUCAUGCUGCUCGUCAAGGGCAUACUGCCAUUGCCAAGUAUCUUGUUGAGCAUGGUGCUGAUCCCUCCAUUUCAAGUGAUCUAGGAGCCACUGCUUUGCAUCAGGCUGCUGGAACAGGAAAUAUUGAGCUGCUGAGGCUUUUACUCUCUAAGGGGGUUGAUAUAAAUUCACAAAGUGAUGCUGGUACCCCAUUGAUUUGGGCUGCUGGGCAUGGUCAACAAGAUUCUGUGAAGGUUUUAUUAGAACACCAUGCUGAUCCUAAUGCUGAAACUGAUGAUGGCAUUACCCCAUUACUGUCAUCUGUAGCAGCUGGGUCACUAUCAUGCUUGGAACUGUUGAUUCAGGGAGGGGCUAAUGCAAAUAUUAGUGCAGGUGGGGCAACUCCUAUGCACAUAGCUGCUGAUAAUGGGAGCCCAUAUAUUAUCAAUUGUUUGUUAAAGGCUGGAGCUGAUCCUAAUGUCACUGAUGAGGAUGGCCUGAAGCCAAUACAAGUUGCUGCUGCAAGAGGUAAUCGGGGAGCUGUUGAGAUUCUUUUCCCCUUCACUUCUCCUAUCCAAACUAUUCCAGAUUGGAAUGUUGAUAGAAUAAUUGAAUAUAUGCAGUCUGAAGGAAACAAAGAACAGGGAGAAGCAGGAAGUUCAAGGAAAGUUGAUGUGCCAAAUGAUCCCAACUUACAGAAGAAAGUUAUACCUGAGGUAAGCCAUGAAGCAAAGAAGAAAGCUUUGGAGGCAAAAUCAAGAGGGGAUGAUGCGUUCAAAAGAAAGGAUUACCUUAUGGCUGUAGAUGCUUAUACACAGGCAAUUGACCUGGAUCCUACAGAUGCUACUUUACUAUCUAAUAGGAGUCUUUGUUGGAUUCGUUUGGGACAAGCAGACCAUGCUUUAGUGGAUGCAAAGGCUUGCAGAGGGUUGAGACCAGAUUGGCCGAAAGCCUGCUAUAGGGAAGGUGCAGCUUUACGUUUGCUGCAGAGGUUUGAUGAAGCUGCCAAUGCUUUUUAUGAGGGUGUAAAGCUUGAUCCUGAAAACAAGGAGCUUGUAAAUGCUUUCAGGGAAGCUGUUGAAGCUGGAAGGAAAUAUCAUGGCACAGACAAGCAAAGCUGAAGGGGAAUAGGAUGAGAUGUGCGAAGUAGAGGAACUGGACCAAUCUUGCUUGCCAAACUUCAGGUUGAUCAAUUUUGUUCUUUAUCUGGUGUAGUAGAACUAGUUUUUCUUGUCUUAAUGAGAUGAAUACAAAAAUUCGUCAGAUGGUUGUAAAUAGAAAUUAAAUUCAAGUUAUAUACAACGGGUAUAACGUUUUUCUGAUGUUCAACUGAUUAUAAUUGAUGUUAGCUUUUCUGGAGGUGAUUUGAAAAUUUCAAUAUUGAAUC